CCGCUUCCGGUCUGGGCCGAGGGUCGGCCGCCGCCAUGGGGAAGUCGGAUUUCCUGAGCCCCAAGGCCAUCGCCAACCGCAUCAAGUCGAAGGGGCUGCAGAAGCUGCGCUGGUACUGCCAGAUGUGCCAGAAGCAGUGCCGGGAUGAGAAUGGCUUCAAAUGUCAUUGUAUGUCCGAAUCCCACCAGAGACAGCUGCUACUUGCUUCUGAAGAUCCUCAACAGUUCAUGGAUUAUUUUUCAGAAGAAUUCCGAAAUGAUUUCUUAGAACUACUCAGGAGACGAUUUGGAACUAAGAGAGUACACAAUAAUAUUGUAUACAAUGAAUAUAUCAGCCAUCGAGAGCACAUCCACAUGAAUGCCACGCAAUGGGAAACCCUAACUGACUUUACUAAAUGGUUAGGGAGAGAAGGCUUCUGCAAAGUGGAUGAGACUCCUAAAGGCUGGUAUAUCCAGUAUAUUGAUCGGGACCCAGAAACUAUCCGUAGACAACAGGAACAAGAGAAGAAAAAGAAACAGGACCUUGAUGAUGAAGAAAAAACUGCUAAAUUCAUUGAAGAGCAAGUUAGGAGAGGCUUGGAGGGGAAAGAACAGGAAAGGCCUGUCUAUACUGAACUAAACAGAGAAAACGAUGAAGAGAAAGUUGCAUUCAAUUUAAACAAAGGAGCAAGUACUUCGGUAGCAGCGUCUUCUAAAACAAGCAGUGUCCUUGGACUGAGUGCAUUGAAGAUGGUGGGAGGAGCAGGAUCAGUUAAACGGAAAGAAUCUGCUCACAGCUCAGGUCAAUCAAAAGAGAAAAAGAAGAAAUCUGCACUGGAUGAGAUCAUGGAGUUUGAAGAAGAAAAGAAAAAAACAGCUCGAACAGACUACUGGUUGCAGCCUGAAAUUGUUGUAAAAAUUGUAACAAAAAAACUUGGUGAGAAGUAUCAUAAGAAGAAAGCAGUUGUUAAGGAGGUAAUUGACAAAUACACAGCAGUUGUAAAGAUGAUUGAUUCUGGAGACAAACUGAAACUUGACCAGACACAUCUAGAGACAGUAAUACCGGCACCAGGAAAGAAAGUUCUGGUUUUAAAUGGAGGUUACAGAGGAAAUGAAGGCAUCUUAGAAUCUAUAAACGAGAAGAACUUCUCAGCAGCAAUAAUCAUUGAAUCUGGGCCUUUAAAAGGACGGAGAAUUGAAGGCAUUCAGUAUGAAGACAUUUCCAAACUCCUUUGAGACUCAAAGCAAUGGGUCAAAGCUGACUCUUAGAAACAUCAAAUUGGUGUCCUCUAUGCAGACACACGAGACUCUACUGUGUCAGGGUUUUUAAUUUGUGUAUAUAGAAAAAACAACCUAGAUUUAUGUAAAGACCACUAUAAAUUUGUUAACAUUUGUGAAAAUCUUGUCUAAACUGAUUCUGUAUCAAAGUUGUAUUAUGUUGUCAUAUUUUCAUUUGUUUUCUAAGAUUAGGCGAUACCUGUGUGCCGGAAUAUUUUACUUACUGAAGUAUGUUAAACUUAUUAUAAAAUAUCACCAGCUAGAAAGGGCCACUUGAGGAAGGUACUGUAUGUAACACAGUCUAUACUUUGCAUAACACACUUCUGGAUCUGCUGCCAAAACAAAAUUCUGGCUUUAGAACAAGCAAAGAGAUUUAAAAAAGGCAGGAAGGCAGCAGUGCUGUAGGGGAUUAUUUUUCUGAGUUUUGAUGAUGUACGUAAGAAUGGUUUGGUUUAUUAGUUUUAAAGUGAGUGCAAUAAAUUACAGCAGAACUUGCUUAAUCAGUACUCUGCUAAACCACACACCCAGUCAGGACCUGAUCCUCGCAUCCUCUGUGUUCCCAUUACUGAUCACGGCUGGACUUGCCUCUGUAGCGACUCCAAGACUUAACCCUUAAUUGGCAUGAUUUAUGGGGCAGUGCACUUCUGUGAAUCUGAACAGUAAAGACAUGGCACACCUAGUUGUCUGUUCAGUUAAUAGAGAGGAAGUGAUGGUUGUGCUGGCAUAGAUUCCCCAGGGCCUAGUCCUUUGUUCACUUUAAUGCUGCUUUCCUGCUCUAUUGUGGAUCCUAAAUGAGUCACUUUUCUUUGAAUAGUUUUUAAAAUGUGUAACAUUUUGUAUAACACUUAGUUUUAAAGCAAUCUGUGGAAUAAAAGCACCUCUCUCUCAGCACAA